AUGUCGGGCUACAUCGACCACCCCCUCAACCACCACGCGUCCUCUACCACCCACCUCGCACCCUACCCGCCCUCCCACUCCUACUUUGAUCAAGGCGACUCGGACAACGACGAGGCUCAUGACACUUUCGAUCCCCAGUCCAUCGACCCCGAGCUUCGGCUGAGGACCGUCAAGACGGCGCACUCGGUCAUUGCCGAGUCGAUUCGGUCAGAGGCCAUGGCAGAGAAGCGAGAAAAGAGACGGCGGAUAUUCAAGACGAUGAAGCGGAAAGCGUCGGGGAUGAGUAUGGGCACGCUCAAGAGGAAGAGCGGGGGAGCCAAGAGUGAGGCAGGGGCGUCGGUCAACGGUUCUAGGCGGGACAGCAUUACCACAGACGACGGGGCGACGGCGGUGGAGGACUCACCACCACCGCCUGCUGCUGCUUCCUUGGCACCGCCCGAGGAAACCCCUGCCAAGGGCAAAGGAAAGGUGCCUCAACGACGGUCAGUUCAUGUCAACACGCCCCUCCCCAGCUAUCUCCUCGACAAGAAGGGCGAGCCUUCAGUUCGCUAUGUGCGUAACAAGGUCCGUACUUCGAAGUACACCAUCAUCUCCUUCCUUCCCAAGAAUUUGUUGGAGCAGUUCAGAAGGGUAGCCAACAUCUACUUUCUCUUUCUUGUCAUCAUUCAGACCUUUCCCAUCUUCGGCACUCCCAACGCCCAGAUCGGUGUGCUUCCGUUGAUAGCUUUCCUCACUAUGACGGCGAUCAAGGAUGGGUUUGAAGAUUGGAGAAGAUCAAAACUGGACGAUGAAGUCAACAACUCGGCGACCACAAAGCUCGGUGGGUGGACGAAUGUCAAUCAGCCGACAGACCCCCGGACGACGAUCGAACGGAUCUUUGGAAUAAUGGGACCAAAUCCCAACAAGCCGUCGAAAGGCGUGCGCAAGUUGAGAGAGCGCGAGGCUGCAGAGGGAAACCAGAUCGUCUUUGAUAGUCAUAAAGACGAAGAUCUUGCAGAGGAAGUCACCGAUAAGGACUCUUUUCCCCUGGCAUCUAUCCCCGCCCCUGUUGUCAAUGUCACUGCCGAGUCCCCAUCGGGCACUGUAUCCAGUGGCAGGCACCGGCAAUCACUGCUACCCCGUGUCUCGUCUUCCAGCCUGUCGAGUGUCACGUCAAGAAAGAGUGCUGGUGUGAUGGAUUGGUCAAGACAGGCGCCUGGUUCGGCGCAAUGGGAAAGGACACUCUGGAAAAAGCUUGAAGUUGGCGACCUUGUCCUGCUGCGAGACAACGAGCAAGUCCCAGCCGACAUCAUCGUCCUCUCCACCUCCACCCCGGACGCUCUCUGCUUUGUCGAAACGAAAAAUCUCGAUGGUGAAACCAAUCUCAAAAUCCGACGGGCCCUCAAGGCGACUUCGUCCAUACAGACAGAGGAAGACUUGGAGCAUGCGCAUUUCGUGGUGGAUUCAGAAGCGCCUCAUGCGAAUCUGUAUUCAUACAAUGGUGUCCUGAGGUAUACGCCUGCCGACUCGGUAGGGAAAGCAUCCGAGAGCAAGCAGGAGGCUAUUACGAUUAAUGAGCUGUUGCUGCGGGGCUGUACGCUGAGGAACACGAAAUGGGUGAUUGGCAUGGUCGUUUUCACUGGAGGUGAUUCGAAAAUCAUGAUGAAUGGGGGUGAAACACCGUCGAAACGGAGCAAGAUCGAAAAGGAGACGAAUUUCAACGUCAUCAUGAAUUUUGUCAUCUUGGUUGUUCUCUGUCUUGUUACAGCAAUCUUGCAUGGAUGGUACCGCUCACUCACGGGCACGAGCGCCGAGUGGUACGAGCCUGAUGCUGAGGCUAGUAACAACAUCUACUUGGACUCUGUCGUCAUCUUCUUCUCUUGUCUUUUGGUUUUCCAGAAUAUUGUUCCGAUUUCGUUGUAUAUCACGGUUGAAAUCGUCAAAACGAUUCAAGCAUACUUUAUCUUUCAAGACGUUGAAAUGUACUAUGAGCCAUACGACACGCCCUGUGUCCCGAAAACUUGGAAUAUCUCUGACGACCUCGGUCAAAUUGAAUACGUCUUUUCCGACAAGACCGGGACCCUCACCCAGAACAUCAUGGAGUUUAAGAAAUGCUCUAUCCAGGGUGUCCCUUAUGGCGAGGGUCUCACUGAAGCCAUGAUGGGAGCACGAAAACGCGACGGCGAAGAGACUGGCCCGGCCAUGGAGGAUCAGGAGGAAGAAAUGGAGGGGCUCAAGGCGGAGAUGCUUCAGAUUAUGAAGGGCGGCCUCGACAAUCGCUAUCUUCGCGAAGACAAAUUGACCCUCAUAUCUCCUGAACUGGCUCAACACCUUGCCAACCCCUCAGACCCUCGACGCGCGCCCAUCAUCGACUUUUUCAGGGCGCUGGCCAUCUGUCAUUCCGUCCUUGCCGAUGCGCCUGAAGCCUCCAAGCCGUACGAGCUGGACUACAAGGCGGAGAGUCCUGACGAAGCUGCUUUGGUCGCUGCCGCGAGAGAUAUCGGUUUCCCAUUCGUCACGAAAAACAAUCACUCGCUCGACAUCGAAGUCCUCGGGACCCCCGAGCGAUGGACACCGCUCAGAAUGCUCGAGUUCAACUCAAGCAGAAAACGAAUGAGUGUCGUCGCUCGCGGACCUGACGGAAGGCUCGUCUUGUUUUGCAAGGGUGCUGAUAGUGUCAUCUAUGGCAGGCUCGCCGAUGAUCAUGACGAAGCACUCAAGGAAUCUACCCUCAAGGAUCUCGAGACAUUUGCCAACGGCGGUCUCAGAACGCUUUGUAUUGCCUACCGAUACAUGCCUGAAGAAGAGUUUGACGUGUGGUCCAAAAAGUAUGACGCUGCAAGUGCUGCCACCGUCGACCGCGAAGCAGAGAUUGAGAAAGCCUGUGAAUUGGUCGAACACUCUCUGACCAUUCUUGGUGCCACUGCGCUCGAAGAUAAGCUCCAGGAAGGCGUACCCGACGCUAUCGCCCUUCUCCACCAAGCCGGAAUCAAGCUGUGGAUUCUCACGGGCGACAAGCUUCAGACGGCUGUCGAGAUUGGCUACAGUUGUAACCUUCUCACGAACGAUAUGGAGGUCAUGAUCAUCUCGGCAGAUUCCGAGGACGGUGCCAGACAGCAAAUUGAAGCAGGUCUCAACAAGAUUGCUUCCAUCGUCGGCCCGCCUCCCACGGCUCCGGGUGGAAGCAGGAUUACGAGGCCUGGGAUGAAUAUCGCUGCGGAGUUUGCAGUGGUCAUUGACGGCGAGAGUUUGAGGUAUGCGCUGCAACCUUCUUUGAAGAGCUUGUUCCUGUCUUUGGGAACACAAUGUGCGGCCGUGAUCUGCUGUCGAGUGUCGCCGUCUCAGAAGGCUCUGACCGUCCGCUUGGUGAAAGAGGGCUGCAAUGCUAUGACUUUGUCUAUUGGAGAUGGAGCCAACGAUGUGGCCAUGAUUCAAGAAGCCAAUGUUGGUAUCGGCCUCUAUGGUUUGGAAGGCUCCCAAGCCGCAAUGUCGGCGGAUUAUGCUUUCGGACAGUUCAGAUUCUUAACCAGGCUGCUGCUGGUUCACGGAAGAUGGAGUUAUGUCCGAGUGGCGAAUAUGCACGCCAACUUCUUCUAUAAGAACGUCAUCUGGACCGUCUCCAUGUUCUGGUUCUUGAUCUUCAGCAGCUUCGACGCCACCUAUCUCUUCGAAUACACCUUCAUUCUCAUGUUCAAUCUCUUCUUCACAUCUCUGCCUGUUGGUAUCAUGGGCGCCUUUGACCAGGAUGUCCACGCGACAGCAGCCAUGUACUUCCCGCAGCUGUACAAGCGGGGCAUCGCCGGUCUCGAGUAUACACGGUUCCGAUUCUGGACCUACAUGAUCGAUGGCCUGUAUCAAUCGGCAGUCAUCUUCUUCAUCCCAUACUUUGCGUAUGCGGGCGGAGUGACCUGGUCAAGUGACGGUUUGGAUACAAACUCGCUUGGGGCCUUUGGUUCCACGGUGGCUUGUGCGGGUGUCAUUGCUGCCAAUGGCUACGUCAGCAUGAAUACCCGCUAUUGGACGGUUGUCACUUGGGCCGUAAACGUGAUUUCCACGCUUCUCAUCUACAUCUGGAUCCCCAUAUACUCCGGUCUCGCCGCUUACCCUUACAACGGCCAGGUCUCUGUCCUCUAUACCACCUUCAAUUUCUGGGCCGUUACGGUUCUCACGGUCUUUGUCGCCAUUUUCCCUCGCUGGCUCGUCUUUUCCUUCAAACAAUCCUACUUGCCCAAGGACAAAGACUUGGUCCGCGAGGCGUGGAUUGCAGGCUCACUGAAGGAUGAGCUUGGCAUCAAGCAUCGUAAAGAAAGGAGGAGGCACAAGAGAGCUGCUCAGGCUGCCACAUCCAAGGAAAGAGUUGAGCAGAGCAUGCGUGACUUUAGCGACAACUAUAGUAGCGCGGAGACUCAAUCUCGCCCUGGCAGCUUCCGCGGCAAAGGUGCCGUCGACCAAUUCCACAAAUCGUAUGGUCACGAUGACUAUGGAGGGUACCAACCUGCUGCCAUGUACAGCCCUCAGAGGGAGGUCACGCGAUCGCCUCUGAUGUCCGAGGAGGGGACUCCUCGCGGUCUAUACUCGUACCCUCCCAGUCCUGCCAAUGCCCCCCCGUCCGACUCGCCCUCCCGGCCUUCCCGAGGCGAUAUUCCCCCACCUCUCACUCUGCGCACCACGUUUGACCCGGGACAUCCAUCCCCGUUGAUACAAGGGUACACUCAGGAUGAUGACUCUUCUCAUCGAGGCGCGCUCGGCUCGCCAAUGGAAGUCACAUCCCUGUCUUCAAUGAGGGGUGUUGAGGCUCAAAUUGAGCAGGAGGUCAAGAGGAUGAAGCGCACUUCCCAGGACUUCAAACAAGCGUCGUUAAACAGUGAGGAUGGGUGGCGUACAGGACGAGGCGGAAGUGAUCCCACCAGCCCGGUGUUGAGGGGCGGUAGCUUGGGUCGUUUGGGGCGACCAUCGAGAAAACUCAGUACCAACAGCAUGGGAAACUCCUCGCGUAAAACCAGCAAUACACCUCUUGAAGGGGUGGACGAACUGGGACGCUCUACUUUCUCUCAUGUCCGGGGUACAUUCGACAUAGAUGCUCAGCAUCAACAGGUGUUUGCGAAUAGCCCAAGGAAUGGAAGUAGUUCCAGGGGAGAGUCUCAAAGGGGCAGAAGAAAUAUUGAGGAAUAUUCGCCUUAUUCUUCCGAGCAUAGUAGUAGGCAGGCGUCUCCCCAAAUUCCGCGCGAUCUUAAUCAGGUGCCGGAUCUCUCGGAUGAGUCGGCGUCUCAGUGGAACGAGGAGACGGAAACGGGUCGUGGGUCUAGCAAGCAAAGACAGAGGCAAAGUGGGGUGGGAUUUGCUAUAUAG